AUGCUGACGGGGCUGCAGCUGCCCAAGAGUGACGAUUGGAGGAUGUUUACCGUGCCCGAGGUGCUCAAAAUCCUCGACCUCGAGAGGGUCUGUGCCACCGAGGGCUCGAAGCUCACCGCGAAGAAGCGCAGGGCGGUGGAGGCCUGCCUCCAGAGCAAGCGGGAGGAGUUCGAGGUGGACGUGGACGAGGAUGGGCAGCUCAGGAAGGGGAGGAAGGUGGUGAAGGCGGAGAAGACGGAGAGGAAGAAGACAGAGUGGUUUGUCCACAUCGGCUGGGCCUUCUUCGCCCUCCUCUUCAACUUCCGCCGCUUCGAGGGCUGCGGUUGGCGGGACCGCCCGCCAGAGGACGCCAAGAUACACAUGUAUGUUGGCAUCGACCCCGGCCGAACCAAUAUGUUCACGGCUAUCGAUGAACAUGCCAAUGUUACAUCCUGCUCCUCCAAGGAGUUUCACGCCAUGUCGGGGUCCCAGCGGCGGCAGAAGACCAUUGCGAGUUGGCACGCAAAGGCCCCGGACUAUGUCAAGAAGCUGCACCAGUGCCCGACCUAUAAGACAGCGAGCACAGCGGUGCUCCUGUCGCGGGUCGUGAAGAUCGUGCCAGACCUGCGGCGUGGCCUGGCCUGGCACCGGGACGGGAAGCCGUUCCGGAAGCUGUGGCACCAGGCCUACGUCGGCAGGCAGCGGGCAAUCACCCGGCUGGCGGAGCAGUUCCGCGCACCCCCGGGCAGGACUACAAUUGUCGGCGUGGGCAACUGGUCGGCCCAGGACAGAGGGGGCAUCAUGCGGGGGCCCCCGCCUGGGCCCUGGAUCCGCUUCUUGCGGCGCCUGCGGCGGGUGUGCAGGGUGGUGGUGGUUGACGAGCACAGGUCAUCAAAGCUGUGUUGCGCCUGUCACGCCACCCUGCACGCCCACCAGUACGUGCGGGUGCGCAACGGUGAGGAGAAGCUGGUGGACGUGUGGGACACCAAGCGGUGCACGAACAAGGCCUGCAAGGUCAACGUCGUGAACCGCGACGUGAACGGAGCGGCCAACAUGCUGAUGCUGACCAAGCAACCAACUGCGCCAGUCAGAUCCCGCUUGCGGGAAGCAGCUGUGCAACCGGCGCAAGCCCGGUAG